CGGGAAGUGCGCUACGGAUCGGAACCAACCAAUAUCAUUCAGUGCAUCAUCAUAACAAUCUUGCUGUGAUUCAGUUGCAAAUUGCUUUGAUUUCCUAGUGUAACCGAUCACCGUUUUGCAAAUGGAACGGAAAUCGUAACGUGCUCAAAAAAUAUGAUAAUUCCGUUUCAAGUUAAUUUUUUCUUACAAAACGGAAAUGGCACGUCAAAUUGUUUGCAUAAUAAUUGUAUGAUUGUGAUUGGUUUCGCAUUUCGUUGCUGUUGUUGUUGUUGUUGUUACUGUGGUUGAUGGUGGUUCGGUGGUUCAGUGGCGGUUCGUACUCAGUUCACUGGCUAAUGGUUUCAUGCUCGGUUCGCGUGUGUGGUGCUUUAAGUGAUUUGUUGUUAAAAAGUGAAAAGCAUUAGCCAUUAUCAGUGCAGGGGGCGAUUGAAAUACAAAACGAUAAGUGGCCAAGGUAACAAGCAAUCGAAAUUGCCGAUAACUCAGUAUAUAUACAUAUAUAACCGCUCUAUGUGGAUAGAGUGACAAAUUGAAAUAUAUUUAAAUAGUGCAACAAAAAUAACGAAAUACAAACAAAACAACAUACAAACUGGAUCGAGAAUGGGGCUAUCAAAUAUACAAUUUAAUCGAAAGAAGGCCACAGCAAUUGCAACCGAAGAGUCAACAAAUUUAUAAUACUCCAAUUAAAUCACGCUUGGGUCAUAAAUCACAGAUAUGUACGUACACAUACAUGUAUAUGGUUGGUGUAAUCAAAUUGUUUAACCCGCUGCGGUAACACCCUGCGAGAUGUGAGAUAAAAAAUGCAUAAAUAUAUAUACAUAUAUAGUGUAUAGUGUACAACUAAACAACAAAUAGCAGACACAACAAACGUUGACUCUCUAACCACACCUACACACACCUGUAUAUAUCUACACACAUAUAUACAAACGAUCCACAAUUCCCCGAUUCCCGGCAGUUCACGUAGAGCAAACAUGGCCUGCUUUCCUCGCCUGUUCCAUCAUCGGAGUAAAAACAAAUUUACGCCCGCCCAAGAUGGGAACACCGACACGAUACUCAAUACCCAAGAUAGUCCCGUGCAAAUUGGCCUUUACAUACGACGGGAUGAGACACCGUUAUAUUCGCCCAUUUUGACGCCCAGUACCAGUGAGGCUCAACUGCAACGCCUAAAACAACAAUCAACAAGCCACGCCUCCUCAUCUUCCGCCUCAUCGUCACCCACACUUCCCGAGGCUGUGCCCCAAAACGGCAGCCCGCAGACGACGACGACCACACAGACAAAGAAGUUUCGCUCGAACAAGAGUAAGCUGAGAGAGCGGACGGAGCAGACGUCGACCACGACGACGACGACGACAAAUGGCCAGCGGGAGGAGCAGACAGCGGUGUCUGUCAAUGGCAAUGCAAUUAAUGUCACACGUUCCAAUUCAAAACUAAGACCAGUCAAAGAACGUCGCCCAACAGCUUUGCCCACAGAAGCGCCCCAAGUAAAUGUGGAAACUGCUGACUCCGAUACGGAAGCGGACGCGGAGGCGGAGGCGGGGGCGGAGGAGGAUGUUGUCGAUGGCAUGUCAAAGCUCAAAGUGAAUGUGAAUGGCAUAAUUGAUGAGAGCGUCUAUGCUGACGAUGACGUCACAACUCCAGCAUCAACAACAUCAUCGUCAUUGCAGGCAAAUGUAAAGUUUUUCAUUGGUCAUACACAGGAUCUAAACACAGACCAGACAGAUGACACUUUGUCCUGGCAAAGCAGCGAUGCGAACAACAACAACAGCAGCAGCAAAAGCAAACUGGCAAAUGGCACAUUGCCACAAGAUUCCCUGGGACUGGGGCUGGGACUGGGACAACAACAUGGACUACUCGCUCCACCUUCACCGCUGAAAAGCUCCAACUCCAGUGUGUCACUCAAUUAUCAGGCAAAGUGCAAUGGUGGCCAGACAUCAGCAGCAACCAGUCCCAACCUGGCGCAUAACCAACGACGACGUGUGUCCACAAUGCCCGAUAUUAACAUACCACCAGCGCCGCCACUGCCAGCAGAGCUUCUUGUACCCGGAACUCCUCUUCACUUGCGCAAGAAACGAAGCGCCGAACAACGCCGCCAACAACAGGCAGAUGCAUCGAAUGCCUCGAAUAGCCAAGAUCAAAUUCCCACACAAGAAAGAAAACGGAGCACCAGCAGCAGUGAAAGGAGAGACAGUUCAAGCUCCACAACGACAAAAGUUCAUCGUGUGGAUGGAGGUAUCAUCUAUGCGCGACCGAAUUUGCCCGUGCAAAAGGACAUUGAAAUCGAAUUUAAUGCAAAGGAUGAAGCCUCACGCAAUCUCAUACACAAGGCCAUCGAACGCAAUGAUUUCCUUAAUAAUCUUAUGGACAAGGAACGCAAAGAGAUGGUUAUCAAUGCCAUGGCGCCGGCUAGCUACAAGAAGAAUAGUUAUAUCAUUCACGAGCAUGAGGAGGGCUCCGAGAUAUAUGUAUCAGCGGAGGGUCAAUACGAUGUGAUACGAGCCGGACAGAAUAUUGGCAAUUUCGGACCAGCCACCGUCUUCGGUGAAUUAGCCAUACUCUACAAUGCGCCCAGACAGGCCACCAUCAAGGCUGCAACGGAUGCACAAGUGUGGAAAAUAGCACGUGAAACUUUUCGAGCUAUUAUGCAAAUUUCUGGCUCACGGGAAAGGGAAGAGAAUUUGCAAUUUUUACGUUCUGCUCCAUUCUUACAGGAACUGGACGACAACUUGCUUAACAAAGUUGUGGAUCUUUUGCAAAGAAAAUUCUACGAGACUGACAAAUGUAUUGUACGAGAGGGAGAAUUGGGCAAUGAAUUCUACAUCAUACGCUGCGGUACAGUCACCAUUAAGAAGAAGGACGAAAACAAAGUCGAACAGAUUGUGGCGAAACGCAAACGUGGCGAUUAUUUUGGCGAGCAGGCUUUAAUGAAUGCCGAUGUAAGACAGGCCAGCGUCUACGCAGACGCCCCUGGCACGGAGGUUCUUAAACUGGACAGAGAAGCCUUCAUUAGCUAUUUGGGUACGAUUAGGCAACUGCAAGAGAAACCCAACGAACGAAAUGAUUCUCAAGGACGUUCGAGUAACAAAAGUGCUGAAUUCGAUAAUGAAUAUGCACAGAUUGCCAUCUCAGACCUAAAGAAGAUAGCCACAUUGGGUGCUGGGGCCUUUGGUCGAGUGGAUUUGGUUACCCAUGGACAGCGUCAACAAGUCUUUGCCCUUAAGAUUAUCAAAAAGAUCGAGGUGGUCAAGCAGGAUCAAAUCGAGCAUGUAUAUAAUGAGAAAAAUGUCAUGAUCAAGUGUCGGGAUUCACCUUUUAUAGUGCAACUCUAUCGCACGUAUCGCAAUGAUAAAUUUGUAUAUUUCCUUAUGGAAGCCUGCAUGGGUGGCGAUGUGUGGACGGUCAUGUCUAAGCGUCAAUAUUUUGAUGAGAAAACUGCCAAAUUUAUUGCCGGCUGUGUGGUGGAAGCAUUUGAUUUUCUGCAUUCGCACAAUUUCAUCUACAGGGAUCUGAAGCCGGAGAAUUUAAUGCUAGGCACAGAUGGCUAUUGCAAGCUGGUGGACUUUGGUUUCGCCAAGUAUGUUAGACCCAAUGAGAAGACAAAUACUUUUGCUGGCACUCCCGAGUAUGUGGCACCUGAGAUCAUUUUGGAUCGUGGUCAUGAUCGCUCUGUGGACUACUGGGCUUUAGGUAUACUAAUCUAUGAACUUUUGGUGGGCAAGACACCCUUUCGGGGUGUCAAUCAGAUCAAAAUCUAUCAGCAAAUUCUGAGUGGCAUUGAUGUGAUUCACAUGCCCGGACGUAUACCAAAACCAGCUCAGAAUUUGGUUAGACAUUUGUGCAAACAAUUGCCGGCCGAACGUUUGGGUUAUCAACGCAAAGGAAUUGCCGAUAUCAAGAAGCACAAUUGGUUCGAUAGUUUAGAUUGGCAGCGUCUGAAGCUGAAACAAUUGACAUCGCCCAUCAAGAGAGCCCUGAAGAGUGCCACCGACUUGCAGUAUUUCGGGCCCUCUGGGGUAGAGAAUGAUUAUGAACCGCCCGAGGAGCUUAGCGGUUGGGAUAAGGACUUUUAGGACUAGAAUAUUGAGUGAAUUUAAUGAUAUUGAAUUAUACAUGUACAUACAUACGUAGUUAAACAUUAUGAACCGAAUAUGUUAAUAACUUAAUAACUUGUUUAAUAAAUUGAUAUUAUUUUUAAGUAAA